GUUUAUAGAAUAAAACACGGGUUUCUCCCGUGCUCAGGGCUGCUGCUGCUUCGCGUGUUCAGGGCAAUUUAAACGCUUUCACUGGAUACAGUGUUAACCUGCCUAAGCUAAAUAGCUAACUAACUUGGCGCCAGUUCACUAGUUAACCUAGCCUGCUAUCGCUUAGCUAGAGCUAACUCAGCUAAUGCUAGCUAAAGCUAAAACAGUGCAGCUAAACCCAGCAGCACAUCUGUAAGUGAUCAUAGAGGAAGGAGGGGGAGUGGAGUGUGGGGCCGAGAGCGAGCACAUUCAUUCAUUUCGGCUUCAUUUUUUUUCUUUUUGCGCGGGUCUCGUCAAUUCAACAGAUUUCUCUCUGUUUUUAUUCCCCCGGCGAGAUGUGUAGCUCUCAGGGUUAGCGGGCUCUCGUGUUUCUGUACAUAUCUGGGAACUUUACGGAGUGCCAUAUAAUGCCGAAGAGAUGAAUGAACCAAAGACAGGGACCUGGUACCGUUACUAGCUCACGUUAAUAAUCAAUGGGAUUUAGCCUCAUGUUGGGGUUCAACUCUUCUCAUUCAACUGAGACUAAGCUCGCCUUAGCUAACGUUACUGACCUGUCGUGAUUAGUCAGUAAGUUACUAGCUGGUCUCUCUGCCCUAAGGACGCUCUCGUCACUUGUACACUCUCUCUUUAUGUGAACGGUGGCAUGGCACCGCGCCAACAGUCAUUUUAAUGGCAGCCGAAUCGGGGAGACUACUGGCCGGACAAGGUCAAGGAAAACGAGGCAAAGGUUCCCAGAUGAAAAGCCCGGAGAAAAAGAAGAGGAAAUCCAGCACUCAGGGGGCAACGUUCUCCCACCUCUCUGAGUUUGCGCCUCCCCCAACUCCUAUGGUAGACCACCUAGUGGCCUCCAACCCAUUUGACGAUGACUUUGUUCCUCCAUCGCGUGCCGGUGGAGCCGGUGGUCCAGGAAAUGUGCCUUUUCUGCCGAGCCCAGGGGCUGGUGGGGGAGGUGGUGGUUAUGGUGGGCCUGCCAGAAUGGGAGGAGGCAUGGGUGGUUUUAUGGGUGGACCUGGAGGACCAGGUGGGGGACAGCCUGGUAGAAGACCCCCCUUUGUUCCUCCACCACCCAACGCAGGACCGCAUAACCCACUUGGAUUUGGGGGGAUGCCUGGAUUUGGAGGCGGAGGUGGAGGAGGUGGUGGCGGAGGAGGCUUCCCUCCAGGGGGGCCAUCACAAUUUAACAUGCCGCCCAAUUUCAGCCCUCCCAUGCACCCUGGCCAGGGUUUUAACCCUAUGCUGUCACCUGGUGGAAUGGGUGGCGGUCCUGGAAGUGGUGGUCCUCCUCAUCCACGUUUUGGGAUGCAGCAACCUCAGCAUGGACAAGGAGGGCAUCCGUUCAACAGCCCUCCAUUGCCUGGGGGCCCAGGACCUCGUGGCCCUCCCCAUGGCCCGAUGAAUCCCAUGGGUGGGAUGGGGCCUGGGAUGAAUAUGAUGGGAGGUAUGGGAGGAGGUAUGGGACCAGGUAACAUGGUUGGUGGACAUCCAGGUUUACCACCACAAGGACAGUUUCCUCCCUCACAGGAUGGUCCCUAUCCUGGCCCUGGCACUCCAGGCAGUGAAGAAGGCAAGAACUUUGUCGGUGGACCAGGUGGUGGUCCACCAGGUCCUCCUCAACAGCCACCUAGCCUCAACCCCUCCGGCCCUCCUUCCAACAAUGCCACACCGGGUCCUUCCCCAGCCUCUGGACCCCCACAGCCUGGAGGAGGGUUCCCUGGUCACCCUGAUGUUCAGCAGUCUACUCCUGGCACACCUGGGCAGUCCUCAUCUGCUCCUCCACCACCCAACCCUAAUUCCUCUCCAACCGGUCCCCUCAAUGGUCCGCAGCCUCAACAGGUACCACCUAACCAGCAUCCUCCACCUAAUUCUGCAGGUGGUCCUGCUCCUAACACUCCAUCCAGUCAGCAGCAGCCAACACCACCCAAUUCUACCCCAGGAUCUACACCCUACAAUCAGCCGAACAGUGCACCUGGUGGUGGCCCCAUGCCCAACCAACCACCCAACUCCAACCAGAACAACCUUAACAACAACAGUGCUGGCAACACUCCAGGUAGCAACCCCAACCCUCCAUCCAACUCCACCUCCACACCCAACACACAGUCUCCACUUCCCACUGGCCAAGCACCUCCGUCUGCCGGCCCAGGAUCUGGUCCCCCAAAGUUAGGAGGGGGCAUGGUGUUCCCUUGCGGCUUUUGCAUGUCCGAGGUGCACGACGACCAGGAGGCUAUUCUGUGUGAAGCUUCAUGUCAACGCUGGUACCACAGAGACUGCACAGGCCUGACCGAACCGGCGUAUGGGCUGCUGACCCGAGAGAGCGCCGCAGUGUGGGCUUGUGAUAUGUGCCUCAAGUCCAAGGAGAUUCAAGCAGUGUAUGUACGACAGAGCCUAGGACAGCUGGUUGCUGCAAAUGAAGGCUAAAGGACUGAAACUGAAAGAGGGAAGGGAAAGAAACAAGAGAGAAUGAACGAAUGAAUGAAAUUGAUUCUUUCUUUGAGGUGCUUCAGACAAAGAAACAGGAGCAGGUAUGCUAUCGAAAUGGAACAGGGUAGGAACAUGUUGGGGAAAAAGGUGAUAAGUGAACCAAGUGAACAGACAAUACGGACUGCCUCAUAAUUUGAUGUUACUUCCUGUGUUUAGUGUUCUCAUUAAUCACACAAGCACUUUUAGGGCCCCUAUUCCUAGAUGAUCAGGCAAAGUUUGAGCAUAGAUUUUCAAGAGUUCUAUGAUCAGUAUUUAUAGCGUACCGCUGUCUCUAUCGUUACUGCUACACUUUUGGCCAAAGUUCAGGGAAAAAUGGAUUUCCUUUAACUGCUUAAAAUUGAUAAUGACCAUGAAGGUACACACAAAUAUUUUUGAAAAUUAUGCUUGAAAGAAUGAUUUAACAUCUGCCUCUUGAGUUGACUUGACAAAUUGAACUCACCCACUCACUCAUCCACUCCCCCAAAACUUAGCUCAUCUACCAGCAAAGCACUGACAACAACUCACUACCUCACAGAAUUGACAACUGACUGGUACAAAUGCUUAGGCACUGGCAGGCUAAUAUCUAGUUUACAGUGAGGACCCCCUAAAACCACAUUUCCACUUUUCUAUGGUUUCCAUUUCAAUAUCUCUGAAGGAAACCUCUCUCCUCAGUCACAUUCACCUUAGACAAAAUGGUGUGAACACUACAAACAUUUAAAGAUUCAGAUUUUGUCAGUUCAUCUUGGGACUUAAGAGUUGUUCUGUAGAUAGAAAAACUCCAGUCAUUUAUUUUCUUCACUGAACUGCCAUUUUGUCUUAUGUCUUAACAUACAUCUAUUUACCAUUUUUUUUUUUAUACAAAAUUGAACGCUGAUAUUUCAGUGUUGAUGGUUUGCUACAUAGGGAGUAGUGGUAUCAUUAUCAUAUCAGAUGUGUAUAGUCUUUGGAAAAUGCAUGUGAACCAAUGCAGUAAUUUGUCAGCUGUUUUAAUGUUUUUUUUUAUUUGUUAAUUAUUUUUAGGCCUCCAUCUGGGCCAUGAAGUAGACCAAAUAUAACAGAAUGAAUUCAAAUAUCAGCUCGUAUUACUGUCAUUGAGCAAGAUGUUUGCUAUUUUCUUGAUUCCAUAUUUCUGUCCAAGUUGCCUUUUCUUAGCAAUUUUUUUUUGUACUGAUGUCCGUGCUGUCCAGUGUGCUUUCUCUAGUGCCCUCUGUUGGCCAAGAUGGUGCAGUGAUGUUUGAGGUGGGCAGAAAUCUGAUAAAGAAGUAAAACAAAAUGUUUUUGUAUGUGAACUUGGCGUUGUUUUUUAUUUGUACUCUAUUGUUGAAUUAAAUUGGGGUUUGACAACCCACUUAACCAA